AUGAGCUUAUCGUACGUCCUCCAGAACCAAAACAAGGGCGCCUUCAACCGCAGCUCUCUGCCACCCAGGCUCGACCUCACUCAGGACUUGAAAACCCACCUCGCGCAACUAUUCCACGCCGAGAACAUCCUUCAGCUCUGGAAGCACACCAACCCCGCCAGCCUCAAUACCCCACGUUUCAAAGACAUCAUUAUCUCCCCAUCGACGCAGGAGUACCUAUCGGUCGACGAUGCUAUCAACAGCGUAAACGAGGAGAUGCCACCGGGUUACAGACUCCGGAAGCCUUGCCAAAUUCGCUUUCAGAUUGUCGUCGAUGAACCCGGAAACUCUACCGGGGAUUGGCGAUCGUUGUUUCUCAAAGACAUCGACGAGCUGAUCGAGCGAAUGCAAUGGGGAAGGAGAGAUCUCAGUCAGAGGAUUUGUCGUAUUCGAAAUGCCGACCUUAAGCAUUGCUAA